CGCGCGCAGACACGCGUGCAGGGUAUUGUGGGAGAAGCUUGAUGGGUCUCCAGUCCGCCAUGAUGAAAGCAACUAUUCCCUGCAAAUAUGAUAAAAAUAUAUGGAUUACCGCAAGACAUAUUGAAAACUGGAGUACUGAUUUCACUGCUUAAAUAUAAUUCAUGCUGCUGGAUUCUACCAUUUACUAUCUAUUUUCACUCCUAUCGUUCAGCUACCUUGAUGUGGUAGCAAAGCUAGUUUUUGGACCAUCUCAUUAGCAUAUUUGGGGUCAUCACGAUGAGUAAGGUGUCGUUCAGAGCUAGGGCUCUGGAUUCCUCCAAGCCAAUGCCCGUUUUUCGGGCAGAAGAAAUUCCGGACUUACCGGAUUUUGCAACCAUUAAUAGAUCGGUACCACAAAUGCCCACGGGGAUGGAAAAGGAAGAAGAGUCGGAGCAUCAUUUGCAACGAGCUCUUUCUGCCCAACAAGUCUACGGGACUGCAGAAGCGUUGGUCAUCCCUAUUCCAGAAGUGGUACAAGUAUCAGAAAAAUAUGAAACCUAUUACAAAGAGGACUUCAAAACAACCAAACAGUAUAUUCAUGUUCAAGCUUUUAAUAUGGAACAGGAAAUCCCUGACUAUGAUAUGGAUAGUGAGGAUGAAGCCUGGUUAAAUGAGCAGGCAAAGAAGAUGGAGAUAACACCUCUUAAAUUUGAGGAAAUGUUAGACCGAUUAGAAAAAGGAAGUGGUCAACAGGUUGUUACACUUCAAGAGGCAAAACUAUUACUGAAAGAAGAUGAUGACUUGAUUAUUGCUGUGUAUGAUUACUGGUUAAACAAACGAUUACGAACUCAACAUCCAUUAAUACUUCAAGUGAAAACUGAGAAAAGAGAUGGAUCAACAACCAAUAAUCCAUAUGUAGCUUUUAGACGAAGAACUGAAAAGAUGCAAACCCGAAAAAAUCGAAAAAACGAUGAAGCAUCUUAUGAAAAAAUGUUGAAGUUAAGACGUGAUCUUUACAGGGCUGUGACAUUACUUGAAAUGAUUAAAAGGAGAGAGAAAACGAAAAAAGAAAUGUUACAAUUAACUAUUGAAAUUCUCGAGAAACGAUAUCAAAUGGAGGACUUCAGUGGUCAGCUUUUAACUGAGGCAGAAGCUCAGAAGUAUUCCAGGCCAUCUUACAUUUCUCCAUAUGGUGUUGCUAGGCAAGGAGAAUGGGCAGAUGGUAUCAAUGGGGAUGAAGGAUUACAAAGUAAUAAGAAACGUAUUUAUCGGAAACGAAAACACCGUCAAAUUGCUCAGCAACAAGGAGCCAGUCUCAGCAGUAACCAAACUCCUCAUUUCAAUGAUGUUGAUGUUUUACAACCUGAUAUUUAUAGUUCAGAGGAGGAAGGUCUUUCACCUAGUAUGUCACCAUCAGAUCAUGAAGAUGAAAAUGAUCCUGAUGGACAAUUCGCAUUUAGGAGAAAGAAGCAUUGUAAUUACUAUGCUCCUCGGGUAGACAGAUUAGGCAAUUGGCCUUGGUGUAGUUCUGAAGAAGGUGGUUCAACAGACAAAAAAUUUAGAUUUUCACUUAUGUCUUUUUAUCCUCCACACAAAUGCAUAGGUUAUGCAAGGAGGCGAGUAGGACGUGGUGGAAGAAUACUUGUAGAUAGAGGGUUUUCUCCCCAAAAUGCAAUCCUUGAACAGCUGGAUCUGUCAAGCUCAAACACUGCCACGGGUAUCCAUCAUGAUUAUAUUACAUACAUCAGGGAAAGAAAAAUUCCACAUUACACACCAAGAAAACAUAUAAAAGAGGAGGAAAUUCAAAGUCCUUGCAGCAGUGGUCAGUCAUUUAAAGAGACGACAACAACAGCAACAGGAACAACAGUAACAACAGCAACAGCCACUACCACCACCACCACCACUACGACGACGACGACGACUAACAAUGCAUCUACCACAGAGUUUAACUUUGAAAGCUUUCAGAACCACAGAGAACAAAUAUUGUUAAUGCAACAGAAACAGCGCCAACGUUUGGAAUCCUGUGAAACUGAUACCAUUCAGACACUUGAACAACAUUCCACAUCAUCAUCAAACCAUUCUUCAUCUCAUCUCACCUUGGACUCUGCAAGUGCAAAGUUUGCUGUGUCAGCUGUGAGAGACACCGCACAGCUGCAGAACUCAUCUGGUGCUAAUUCGCAUUCAUCCUCAUCGUCGUCGUCAUUAUCUAAUGGUCCCAUCAGAGAAUGUAUUCGAGAGAACCAGUCCAAUAGAGGCCAGGCUGCAACUGUCCUACAACUCAACCUCAGUCAGUCAUCUCCCAGUAGUGACUCUCAUCUUCCAUCAGGAAUUGUUUCAUCUUCACUAGUAGCAGGUUUAAAUAAUGUGACCUCCAAUAAAAUAAUCACUGCAUCAAAGUCUGCUUUACCAGUCCUCAAGCUUACGGCAAAGAAUCCCUCUGCUCUUGAAUCCUAUAAAAAACAGACCUAUGAAGAUGGAAGUCUUCUGAGUAAUUUCAGUAAAGACAGAAUUGUACCAAUGGAUGUUACUUGAUUUGCCAUAUUUGGUUAGUUUGACGGACUAAAAAAAAUACUGGAAAGAAAGAAAGAAAAAAAAGCCCUUGAAGACAUUUCAACUCUUGUUCUUCUACCCCCCCAUCCUCUAGAAUGCUCCAUCUUCCUGCCAGUGAUUGAACCACAAACUGUAGCUGCUGUUGCCUGGUCUGGCUGUCUUUCUGUGUACAGUGCAUUGUUUUGUGUAGGUUAUCUAACUGCUACUACUACUACUACUAUUACUAUUAAUAUUACUACUACUAUUACUACUACUACUACUACUCUACAGCAAUUCCUACUAUUGUCUGCACCUCUUCACUGUCAACUGGUGGCUGCUAUUACUGUACAGUGUGAAGUAGGUACCAACACUCACACACACACAUAUGGACAUGUUUUGGACUAGGGGUCUUGGUGGGGCUGGCAGUAGAAUCAUAAUGUGACAGCAGCAAGGUCUGUGGCCGGUGUUUUUUUUUUCUUUUUGUAUUGUAUUUUUUUAUUUAUUUUUUUUUUAAAUUUUCAGUGAAAAGAAAAAGAAAAAAAAACACAAAAAAUUUAGAUCAGAAAAAAAUAAACAACAAAAUAACUGGAUAGACAGACAUCUCUACCUGCAGCAAAACAGAAGGAAGUAUUAAAGGAUUGUUUUUGUUUGGUUUUGUUUUUUUUUUUUGUUUUUCGUUCGUUUUUUUUUCUUCGCUUUGAAAGAAAUGAUAAAACAACAAAAGCAAAAAAAAAAAGAGUUACAGACAACUCAAACAAAAAAAUAAAAAAAACGAAACCUGUCAGCAGAAAGCAACGACCACAAUGUGAUUUGCUACAUGUUUUCUCCCAUGGAGAAAGAUUAUCAUAAUAAUAAUAAUAAUAAUAAUGAUGAUAAUAACAAUAAUAAUAAUAAUAUAAUAAUUAUGAAAGGUAGAGAGAGAGAGAGAGAGAGAGAGAGAGAAAGAAAGAAGAGCAUAAGCAAAGAAAAUAAGUGGCAAGAGACAGGGUAGUGAAUGGGUGGGGAGAGUGAAGCAUUAAAGGAGCCAGUUGAAAUGGUAUUUCUUGAACGUGCAUACACAAACCCCCCCACACACACACACAAGCACACACAUGCGUGCACGCAUACACACAUGCACUGCCUGUCUGGGACUUUGGAUGCACCAACUUUGGUUGCCAGUGAAAUACGUUUCAGGAAUUUUUCUUGUGGCAGCAAGCAGUAAUAAUGACUCUUAGGGGUUGCUCUUGUUCCUACUACUACUACUACAACUACUACUAGUAAAGCAUUUCUAAAAUUCAUAUCACGAGUAAUAUAAAAAAAAAAAGUUUUAUUCAGUAUCAAACAGCAAAAACGAAAUGAUGAUUGAAACAGGAUAUAUAUAUAUAUAUAUAUAUAUAUAUAUAUACACACACACACACACACACACAUACAUACAUACAUACACACAUGCAUAUACUACACACAUGUAUGUGUGUGUCUGUAUAGCUAUAAUUAUUACCCCCUCUGUUUCUCUUGUCUCCACUUCUCCUUUAGUAAUUAUGUGAUUAGUUUGGCUUUAUUAAUCUGUCGGAAUUAAAAGUAUGAAAGUUUGUUCUUUUUUUUUUUUUCCUAUUUUUGGAUAUUGUUUUGAGUUUACUACCAUAUACCUUUGUUCUGAAAGCUUUUGGUCAAAGAAACAGGGAACCAAAUUUUUAUUUUUAAUUGGUUUAUUCUAACAAAAUAAUACUCCCCCUAUCACCACCACCACCACAAUUGUUAUUUUGGGAUGCAGGUGUUUUUUUUGUUUUGUGUUUUUAGUUUCUCAGCUCAUUUCUUACAUUUAGCAAAUGCCUCUUUACAUGGUUUGUUUGUCUCUGUCCCUGUCUCUAAAUUUGAUUCCCUCAUCUGUUUCUCACUCCCAUUAACUUCUCUUGCAAAAAAAUUUUUCCCUUCCUCUUUCAAAAGCAUGGUUCUUUUUACAAAAGAUGAAA